ACACGGCCCGGAUAGGGUUGGGUGUCUGCACACGGCUCCAAACUUUCAUAUGUUUACGUGUAACUCGUCUCGGAGACUGGCGUUGUGAAUCUGCGGAAUGUAAACGCGGUAUUUCCCUUCUCCGAGGAAACCAGCACACACUCCCCCAGAGACUAUCCGGGCAUCAUGACCACCUUUUUACCAAUUUGCAUAUUGUGGAUCACCACCUGUGUGGGCCUCCUCUCUGCAAAACAUGUAUUUGGCAAAGAGAGUUCCACAGUUGUCCUGCCAUGUACACUGAGAGUUGUAGGUGGAACUCCAUAUAUUAGGUGGAGCACUGAUAAGGGUGAUGUGUUUGAGCGAAAGGGCAAGGAGUCAUUUCAGGGUGAUGGAUAUGGGGGCCGUGUGACUGUUCCUGAGACCCAGCUGCUUAAGGGGGACUGUUCCUUGGAGUUGAAGAAUCUUACACUUGCUGAUAAGGGUGUGUACCAGAGCUACCAGGCAGUGAGACGCACAAAAAGAUCUACACGUGUCGAUGACAAAUGGGAUCUAAUCAGCAGUGUCACAGUCGAUGUAACACCUGUGCCAUCUAAAGAAACAAAUCAAAAGUCAGUUCCCACAGGGGAUGCGAGAACGAACUGGCCUCACCCACAGGUCAUGGUCUUGUCCCUCUUCUCUUGUUUUGUCUUCCAGCUUUUCUAUGAGGAAAUGUGAGUGAGAUCUAGAGUUGUGCACAGGAUGGUGUGUUUUAAACAAACAUCAACCGAAAAAAGCUAAGUUUACAAUUUCAUAGAAAAGCUGCUGAAGACCAUUUAUACCACAGAUAUUUGACAAUGCUAGCAAUUUUAUUUGCUAAAAGUUUAUAUACUUUGUGUGGUGAAGGGGCUUAACUCAACUCAGGAUUUUCUCUGUGAGCUUAAUGCUUUUAGUAGGGCCAUCGUUGGUGAACAGAUCUUAGGGGAGGGGUCCGAGAAAGACGCAUCCUAAUGACCCCCAUGAAAUAUACAAAAAAGAUGAAAAGUACCUUGCCUUGGUUAGGUUUACCAGGACCUAGUCCUGGAAUCAGUCUCGAGGGUCAUGACUGCAGGUGAGCAUCUGGUGACUGGACGACCCACUUCACUCGGUCAGGUCCAGCCUGAAAUGGUGAUGUGGAAACAUCUUGUAUUUUCACCACAUGCAAGAGAAAGGGAAGGGGACGGAUUGAAUGCCAAACUAUAAACCAGGAAUUAUUAGUGUGUAUGAUAAAAUAUAGAAAUUGUCAAAUCAUGUAAUGCUUUUGACAUUUUCAUUGGAUUCUGCUGGAUUGCUGGAUCCCAGUCCUGUUUGCACAACUCUAGUGCUUUGCACUCUGUAGGGAACUGAGAGUAGGAUGCUAUUUCAGACACAGAAAAACUUACCAAGUCCCAAAGAGCAUUCCACACUUUACCUAUUUGCACACCAAUGGGUCUAACACAAUCUUUGAAGCGCAAAGGAUGGAAAUGUGUGUGUGUGUGUGUGUGUGUGUGUGUGUAUAUAUGUAUAAAUGUUGUGUACACAACAAAUUGUGAGAUUUCCUGUUACAGAUUUAAUAACAUUUUAAACCCCUGUAUUGUUCAGAUUAUGAUUGGGCCAGGUCUGAAAUUUUAUUUCAAUACCCCUUUUUGUGAAAAAAGACCAAGUAAAGCAAAAAUAAUAGAUUGCUUUGAGAUUAUCAGAAAAGUAGAUGGUAUCAUUUCUGCCCACUUUCUUUAGAAUAUGAACAUCACAAAUCAAAUUGAUUGAUCAGCACUCCAGGAAAGCAAAAUCUGCAAACUCUCACAAGCGUGAAACUCUUCUCUGGCCAUGUUCUGGAAACAAAAUGUAUGUGUGUAUGCUAUAUGAACUACUAUGCUAAUUGUAAUAAAAAUGUUUUCUACAUUGUUGUUGCAGUAUUAAACAGUAAAAGACU